AUGAUGACCCCAAAAUCCAAGAUUGAAGAGGCUGGGAAUCAGAAACCGGAAACGCUGGACCAAAUCCAACAUCCUGAACCUAGACCUGACAACCACAAUGACACAGAUGACGAUGACCCCUCAGAUGAUCCUCUUCCUGAAAAAUGUGAUUGUUGUCGAUCACUUCGAGAGCAUGCAACUCCAGUUGUUGGAUAUGUGAAUAUCAGCAAAUCUGAUGUAAUAUAUGAUAGAACUUUUCAUUUAUACAAACUGGAGUCAUUGAAAGAAAAAUCAUCCGCUCAAGAGGUUCAGUCAUCAUCCACAUCUUCAAAUACAUCAGAAGAAACAUCGUAUCCUGCUCCAACUCCAGCUACAGUGAGACGGCAAUUAGAUAGAUUUGAAGAAUCACGGAUAUGGGAUUUAAUUGGAUUAACAUCGAAAAUGUAUUCCAAGUUGUCUACAGAGUUGAAACGGGUUUCGCCGAAGCGAAUAGUCUUCAAAAAAUGUGCAUAUAGACUGCACAACACUCGCCAUUUCCAAGUGCCUCUUACUAAAAGAGGUGGAACGACGAAAGAAGAAGUAUUGAAACAAAAAUAUGAAGAUGAUCGGAAACUAUUAAAAAAGAAUCAAGCAUUUGAUUGUCCCUGGACUGAAUGUCCACUCUCAUUUCAAGAUCCACAGGAUAUGAGAAUUCAUUACAUGUUUGAUCAUGAGUCUAUAAAAUUGUUCUGUUGUGGAAAACGUUAUGAAAACUAUGAUUCUUAUUUGGAACAUUACUGCACGACAAUGAAUGGAGAUGGACAUCCAACGUGGAUGGCCAGAGAGUGUUGGGGAUGUGGAGUACGGUAUGUUGAUGCGAACACAUUUUAUCUUCACGCCGAGAGAUGUGAUGCUCAAAUCAAUCCGUUUCCCUGUCCGGAUCCAUUGUGUGGGAUCCGGUUCGAAGUAUUAACAGAUGUCGUUGAUCACUUCUACAUUUGGCAUGAUAAAGCCGGUGCUAUUGUUUUCAAUGACGUUGUCUAUCCAACUCGAGAUUCUAUUCAAGACGAUCUUCAGUUGCUCGACGAUGGUCAACUCGUUGUCAACUAUCCAUUGAGAUCUACUUACACAUGUCAGCUGUGCCAUCUUCAAUUCGCUACUGACAAAUACUAUCAUGAACAUAUUUCGAGUCAUGUACAGAAUCCACAGCUGUGGUUAGCACCAACGAUACUCUACUGCAGUGUGUGCAAUACAAAAAACUGUCGUUUUCAACGUGAAUGUCUUAUUCGACUUCUUCCAGAUGUAAUUGAAACUGCUCGAAAUAUUAAAGUAGAAGACUGUCAAACUAAUCCAAUUCUAAUGAUUUGGCGUCUUUACCUAUCAAAAAAAUCAAUUGAAACUUUGGAAAUGGUCCUUGUAAAGCUAAUUGCCGAACAUAAGCGACUAGAAAAGGAAGAACAGUUUUUGGAUCAAACUGGACAUCCACCAUGUGAUGAUAAAAGAUUAGCUUAUGUUCUAAAUUCCAUGUAUUUCUUGUAUACGGUUCCAUAUAAAUCUGAUCAGGAAGUUAUGCAAGAAAGGCUGCUUGCCUGGUCAGCUAAAGAAGCUAAAGAAGCUGAAGAAUUAGAAAAAGAAGGAAAAGUACAAGAAGGAGAAGUGAAGGAGGAUGAAGAAGAAGACGAAGUAGAUGGAGAGGAUGGUGAGAAUGAAGAGGAUUGUGAAAAUGAAGAAGAAAAAGAAGAAGAACCCACCGUUCAGGUUCAUUAG